AUGGCGUCCGUCAUUGUUAUCCGCGGAGUCUUCAUCGCCAACCCUGUCGAUGACGACCGACGAAAGCAGGAUAGUGCUCUCCAGAUCCUCAAGAAGCAGCGGGCGGAGUCCCCAGCGAAGCGACGCGCUCCAGGGCAAGCACGAGGAUCCAAGCGCGCCGAGGAUCGCCACUCAGAGACCGCUAGGAGGAACAUUGAAUACCGUCAGAACAUUCAUCUGGGGUGGUAA